UCGUUUCGCCCCCGCCCCUGCCUCCCCCACUACUAUUCUCUACCCUUGACAUUCUGGUCAAACCAAUCAAUCACAACCCUAUAGUUCGGCCCGUUCGGGGCCCAACGGAAGCUGGGACAGGCCAUUGCGGGCCGAACCGCAGUCGGGCAGGCUGGGGCUCAGGGGCGUGGCUCUUUCUCCGAGGGGCGGGCGGCCGGAAGAGCGGGGCGGGUCAAGUCGUGGCUGCACGCGCUCUCUCGCUCUGACUCCGGCUGCCUUCGGGCCAGCGAGCUCAGCCCUUCACCUCAGCCUCCCGCCCCUCCCCGCCCCGCCCCGAGGCCGCGGCCCGAGCCUCCCUCCCUUCUGCCCUCGCCCCGGGCGGGCGCUACCCGAGCGAGCCCCAAAGGGAAGGAAGUUCCUUUUACAAGGGUCCUGCCAUUCCCAGACAAAUCUGAUCUUUAGAGCCCUGUGCAGGAGUUGGUUUCAUUCAGGAAAAUGGCUACGGCUCUUGGGCUUAAGGUGCAGUCUCCACUGGAGCAGGAAGAGAUCCUUAUUGUGAAGGUAGAAGAAGAUUUCCCUUGGGAAGAGGAACCUCCUUCUCAAAGGAACGAUCCCAGUCCUGAGACCUUCCGGCAGCUCUUUAGGCUUUUCUGCUAUCAGGAGGUGGCUGGGCCUCGGGAGGCCCUCAGUCGUCUCUGGGAGCUCUGCUGUAGAUGGCUGAGGCCAGAGAUGCGUACAAAGGAGCAGAUCCUGGAGCUUUUGGUGCUGGAGCAGUUCCUGACAGUAUUACCAGGGGAGAUUCAGACUUGGGUGCGAGAACAACAUCCAGAAAGUGGUGAGGAGGCAGUGGUUCUGGUCGAGGGUUUGCAGAGAGAGCCCAAGAAACAGAGACAAUGGGGAGCAGUGCAACAUGAGGCGAUGGCCCAAGAGGAGGGAACACAGAACUCUUGCCUAGGACCUCGGGAGCAGCCAAAUCGUAGAUCUAAAAAGAAUCCCCAAUUGCGACCAAAGAGAGGCUCACCUACUUCCCGGAUUUCUGCACUCUUCAGGGAAGAGAGCACUAGAGAUCAGGGAACAGCAACUGCAUUCAUCUCUGCCUGGUCUCAGAUGCCAGUGACAUUUGAGGACAUGGCUAUGUAUCUCUCUCAGGAGGAGUGGGGUCGCCUGAAUCCAGAGCAGAGAGAACACUACCAGAAUGUCCUGCAGGAGAAUUAUGGGCUUCCUGCUCUGAAACCAAAUCUAAUUGCCCAAAUGGAACGAAAGGAAGGACUGUGGAACUCAAAUGUACCAGCUUUUAAGGAGAGGGAUGUUCCAAGAGAUAAUCCCACAGAAUGUGAGAUCAAGAUUGAGGAUGAAGAAGAUUCCAGGGAGGAUUCCACCAUGGAAAUGGAGUUGUAUAGAACUCAGGCAGGGAAGUCCAAGGGGUGUGGUCAUCAGCCAGCCCACCAGGGACAGGCUUGUGUGACUAGGUCAGAAUGGCAUCAGGGCUACCCACCGUUGGAGAGAGAAAGCCAAACCUGUGUACAGGAGAGGGAUAUAGGUCUUCAAAGAGCCUGUAUAGUUGAGAAACCCUACAAAUGCCUCGAAUGUGGAAAAAGCUUUAACAAAAGUUCCCAUCUGAUUAAACAUCAGAGAACCCACACAGGGGAAAAACCCUACAAGUGUCUCGUAUGUGGAAAGGGCUUCAGUGACCGCUCCAAUUUUAGUACUCACCAGAGAAUUCAUACUGGAGAGAAACCUUACAAAUGCAAUGAAUGUGGGAAGUGUUUCAGCCAGAGUUCAAGCCUUGUCAUCCAUCGAAGAACUCACACUGGAGAGAGACCCUAUAAAUGUGGGGAGUGUGGGAAAAGCUUCAACAAUAGCUCUCAUUUCAGUGCACACCGAAGAACCCACACUGGUGAGAAACCCUACAUGUGCCAGAAUUGUGGGAAGAGCUUUCGUCGGGGCACCGACCUUAAUAAACACCAAAGAACUCAUACGGGAGAGAGACCCUACAAAUGUGCGGUGUGUGGGAAAAGCUUCACACGGAAACACCAGCUUGUGACACACCAGGAGAUUCAUGAAGGAGAGAAUAAUGUUCACUGACUUCGGUUUGGAUUCUUCUGCCACUGAACCUCAGCUUUUCAGAUACCAGGAGCCUUUUGGUGGUGGAAGGUGGGAAUUUUAACCAGUAUACAACUCUCCUCUUGUUUGAAGGAUGUUUGUUUCGGGAUUUUGAACUUUACAGUUUUGAGCAGAUUUAUGCCAUUCACUUUACAGAACUAGAAACCAUUAACUUAUAGAAUGAUUAGACUUGAACACAUCAUAGCUUUUCAAGUGAUAGUUACUAUUACAUAACACAGUUUGAUCCUGUUACAGAUAUCCAAGAAGCCUUGUGAGGGUGAAAGAACAUUUCCAAUUUGGGAAAAUGCUGCAGAAGUACUCCCGGUAUUUCCAUGUACCAUGUACUGUGUGCCUCAGGCCUCACUACAUUUUGAUCCUUUCUUGCCAACCAUUUUCAUCUUGGUCUAUUGUACUUUUUGCCAUGAGAACAUAUCUCUGAUCUAGUGGAAAUCAUUGAGAAAGUAGGAUUUAUUCUAUAGAAAUGUGUUUUGUUGCCAAUCUUGCUAGGCCAUGUCUGUUCUGUAGCGGGAUAUUUUUUAUGUACAAACAACUAAGAGAGAUCAUUUUUACAUGCCAGCAGAUUACUCAACCAUUUUAGCAAGCUCAGAAGUUUCUUUUAUGAAUUGUUCCUGUUGAAUCUAAGAGCCUAAAGUGGAUUUAUCCACAAAUAUGUAGGUUUUUUCAGAGCUGCUCCCCAAUGGGUCUUUACAAAAUGAAAAAGGUACCAGCCUUGGAACUUCCAAGGCAAACUCUUUAUCUUAUAAUCUAGGCUCAUAAAGUUUAUGUGCCUCUCCUAGCUAUUUAGUAUCUACAGUAUGGUGAAUGGCUCAUGAGGAUUAGUGAAGAAUAACUUUAGAUUUGAGAGCUGGUUUCCCAAUGACAGUUAAAGAAGCUUGGUGGAUCUCAGUUCCUGCCAGAGAGGUACCAGCCCUCAAAGCAGCUAUUCCUCUCUUUGACAGUAUGUACUUAUCAUCCAGCCUUAUUACCCUUUCAAUUCUUCCCAUUGCCUAAUCCCUAUGUGUAUUUUCAUAUUUGAUAGUCUUACCUUUAUGCAAACCUAGCUUAGGUCCACAGUAAGACUGUAAAGUACACAUAAUUCUUGCCCCUCAAUUCCUUUAAUAAAAGCAAUACUUUUGUUGGUC